AUGGAGUGGACUGGCUCCUUCUUGGAUUUUCUGCUCAAUCUUUUGUCCCAGAAUGGUUACUUCUUUGGUCUACUUCACAACUUGAUACAUGGAAAAGUCGUGGUACCUCAGAGGGGUACAGAAACUUUUAUAAGUACAAUUGGUCACUUGGACAGGAGGAUUGACCUGUAUAAGCCCCAAAUAUUAGCAGAAUUUGUAAGGGAGGAGGAGGAGGGAGGCUUCAAACCAGAAAUGGGGAACAGGGCUUUAAUGGACCUCUGCAUGAUGGCUUCCAAGUUAGCAUACGAGAAUGCCCAAGUCAUCAAAAAUAUCGUCAAUCACCAUUGGAAGAUGCACUUUGUGGGCUUCUACGACUGCUGGAAUGAUUUCCAGAAAGAGAUGUCCACUCAAGUGUUUAUUCUCUGUGACAAGGCCAAAGGUGCAAAUUUGAUAUUGGUCAGCUUCAGGGGCACUGAACCUUUUGACGCUGAUGAUUGGAGUACUGAUUUUGAUUAUUCCUGGUAUGAGAUCCCAAAAAUAGGAAAAGUUCACAUGGGAUUCCUAGAAGCCCUUGGUUUGGGAAAUAGAGUUGAACCUGCCACCUUCUACUUUCACCUUCGAGGGAAAAAUAGAAAAUCAGGCUCUCCUAAUGAUGUCAAUAAUGGAGCUUACUCUUCAAAACAUAACUCUGAAUCAUUGUUCUCAGGCAUUGAUUCUGAUACGGAUGAUCAAUCUUCCAUUUCUGAAACUCUACCGGAGAAAAUGGAGAUGACUGCGUAUUACACUGUAAGGAGCAAACUCAAAAGUUUAUUAAAGGAGCAUAAGAAUGCAAAUUUCAUCGUUACUGGGCAUAGCUUGGGUGGAGCACUCGCCAUAUUGUUUCCAAGUGUGCUUGUGUUGCAUGAGGAGAUGGAGAUAAUGGAAAGGCUGCUUGGUGUAUAUACUUUUGGGCAACCCAGGAUUGGGAAUAGGCAGCUUGGAAGAUUCAUGGAAGCUCAUUUGGAACGCCCUGUUCCAAAGUACUUCAGGGUGGUCUACUGUAACGAUCUUGUCCCCAGGUUGCCUUACGAUGACAAAACCUUCUUGUACAAACAUUUUGGAGUGUGCCUUUACUACAACAGCUUUUAUACAGAAAAGAAAGUGAUGGAGGAGCCGAAUAGAAAUUUCUUUGGAAUGAGAUUCAUAUUAUCAGAACAUGUGAAUGCUGUUUGGGAGCUAAUUAGAGGCUUAACGAUAGGGUACGUUGAAGGACCAGAGUAUACGGAAGGCUGGUUUCGCAUAUUGGCAAGGGUAAUAGGACUGGCGCUCCCUGGUAUGUCGGCACAUUGUCCCACAGAUUAUGUCAAUUCUAUAAGACUUGGAAAGGAAAGCUCCAUUCAAAUGUCUUCUAUCCAAGAACUCUAA